GUAUGACUUUGAGUACCCCCAGCCGUGACUCCUUGGACAACUUAGCGCCAUGUUUGGUUGCUGGCCUUCGCCUCAAAAGCUGACCCUGCGGCCUUCUAUUCAGCUGGAAGAUGAACACUUGCACCACUUGUACAUGUGCCUGUCCAUUUGUGUGGUGCCUUUCGCCUUGCUGUGCGCACUUGUGAAUGGCAGCGUGACUUCAGCAGAAGCCACAACCACCGAAGUCUACCAGGUGUCUUUUCCACAUGACGAAUUGUUCUAUGAAUCUGCCAGCAACAUCAGCAACAUGACGUAUUGCACGAAGCCUGAGUUCUACAAGUGCCACUGGUCAGGUCAUCCCGUUGAGGCAGACGGAUGUGUCUCUGUUGGGCACCCAAGGCAUGUCAUGAUUGCAACCGCUCAAGGAUAUGGGCCUUUCAUUCCGACCUUGCUGGAUAGAACACAACGAUUCGAUUGUAACGAUGCGUAUUGUCGCACCGUCAGAACUCAAAAGUAUGUGCCGUGCCGGGUUGAAAGGCAAUGUGCAGUUCAAAGUGCGGCCACAUGUGCCGGGGGUGCGCUGGCAGACUACGAACGCUCCAGUGUGCAUUUUUGAUGCAGAUGGUGAAGAGGCCUUGCAGAAGGCAUGGAAAAAUCAUACGCAUUCCAUGAAGUUGGGGACUAUGGACUGCUCGGCCACCUUUGCUUACGGAAAGAAUACUGCCAAGAUGGACAGUACUCAAUUCACCGUAUCACCUUAUGGAGAUUUGCUCAUCCAGCCAGCAGCCUUGCUGAAGCUGUCGGAGAGCUUUGACCACCACGCCAUCGAUGCAGUAACCAAAACCAGUCGUGGUAAAGAUCAAGACAAUCCAUACGAGUGCGCCCCUAGAAGUCGUGGCGGAAGCUAUCAGUUUGUGGUCUCCACUGAACAGGCCUUCUAUGGCUACCACCUGUUGGGAAUGACCUUGCAAUUGCCAAGAAGCUUUUGGUGCUUUUUUGGCUAUCCUUUUCUGGAGAAGUUUAUGAUGUAUGACCUUUGGCUCUCGGAUGAACGAGCGGCAUCGGGAUACCAUUGGAAGUGCUUUGAACUCAAGAUCGUCAUCUAUUAUGACCCCCUUUUCUCCUAUGAGGAAUCAUCCAUAAGGCAAAAUGAUGUGACCAGCUCGGUGAUUAUAGAUGAGACCAAGGAUAUUGGCUUUGCCUUCUUGUUUCGCAGUGAGAUGGGCAUGGUUCCCCGCUUUAGCGUGGGUGUCUUCUUGGUGGCCCUCAUGACUCUCGGAUGGCUGUUGAGCUUGCCAAGGCUCAUAUGUGGCUUUUAUGCAACUCACUUCGGACAGCUCCGAUUGGUCUAUGAUGCUGCGCUGUCUCGACCAUUCCACCCCGCAAGCCAGAUUGUUGCUUGGGCAGUGCGAUCGAUGGCCUCUGCGGAAGCCUUGCGCAAGUUUAGCUGUGGCGGCAAGGAGGUGCAAAUUGGGAAACUUCUUGAAGAACUGAAAGGCUGUCUUCGAAUAUGACCCAGAAAAGGAGGCAGACGAGGCCAUUGAGAACAUUAAAGAGUACAUUGUCAAGGAAGAGAUGCUAUGGAAGAACACCCGUGUCUCGGAUUGGGCCCAUAUUGUUCAAGAAUGCGAUGUGGUCAAUACCCACCGCUUGGCGGCCUUUGACCAGAAGGCAUGGGAGCAUGUGGAACGUUCUUGGGAGCAUGCGGAACGUUCUGCACGCCGGUCCAUGGUACGCGGAACUUCCUCCGUGGCUUGCAGCGAGUAUGGUGGUGGUGAGGAAGAUGAAGAGUCCACAGGAAGCCAAAGAGAGAUGCAUCGUCAGCCAAGUUUUCGUCUUCUCCAAAAGAUUUGAAGGUCCCAGAAGUCCCAGAGAAGAGUCGCCAAGAUGUUUGCUCAGUCUUGGAUUGACACAUCAUGCAUUUAAUAUAUGUAACUAAUUUGUUUGAAACGCGUUUAAAGCUUAUCACACCUACCAUGUGCGUUGCUAGCAAAUAGCCUGCUAGCAAAGUUUGAAUCGAUUGCGAUGGCACGAUCACGUUUGAAUUAAUUGCGAUUCCGCAAUCACGUCUCACCAAAGCAAGUGUAUAUUGUUCACUGCUUUGCAGAACUGUUCGGUCUAAGACAUCCUCACGCUUAGUCCAGCCCAUGUGCUGUUUCGGGUGGACGCUGCGGUCAGAACACCAUGACCCCCAAUCGUGAGGUCGCAUGACAUAGCGACCACACGGACACUUCAAGUUUCACAGGUGGAAAGCAU